AUGGUAUCACGAGUAGCCGUACAGACAGUCACCCAGACUCAGACACAUCCACAUAUUAGAGGAUCAACAAUUGGGAUAAUGAUGUCUUCUUCAAGGAUACCCAUACCGCCAGCUGGGGGUUCAUCUGGACAGGGAAGACCCAAGCAGAGCACCCCCAAGCCUUCAUCAAUUCCCCGAAGCAGGCGGGAUUCAUCGGCAUCAGAGUCAGAAGAGUAUAGUAGGCUGAGGAUGGUGAGGUCGAAUUCCUCAAAGAAAUCAUCCAGGGAAAACAUCACAUCUACUGGGACGUCAAAGCAGCCUUCAUACUCCUUCAUGCCGACAUCAAGGUACUAUGCUGCACCUCCAAGCAAUGCGCCUCCUCCUAACAUACCAGCCGAUACACAGCAACAAACAACAUCAUCCAUAUCUUCCUGGAAAUUUAGUCGACCAUCAUUACCUGAAUCACGACCACGAAAUGUUCUCCGGAGAAAGGCACCGUCAAUAGAGCAGUAUGCGGAGAGGAACAGAGCAAGGUUACAAACCUCGACAUCCGAGAAGAUUGAGAUGGACCUGCCCCAUAUUGAAAUACAAAAUAAGGUUGAACCGGAUUUUAGGGAAACAGCGCCAACCAGACCAUCACCACAACCAGUUGAAAAUGCCCCUGUUCGACCACAGUAUUCCACUCCAACCCCUUCCUCUCAAGCACCUCCAACAGAGGCCACAUCCUCGACAUCAGGGUCACAGUCUCACAUCCCAAAGGAGUUCGUCGGCCUAUCGACGUCGAUAAAUACUUCGAAUCUGCCCCCUCCAACCCCUAACUUUACAGGCGGAAGCAGCCCUUCAACCAGGUACACUGACUCCCCUGGUAUGUGGAGUAGAGGAUCAACUCCAACGUCACUUUCAUCCUACUCUCCCGGUAUAGUACAUCCAAUCCACGGCUCACGGCUUAAGCAACCCAGCCCAACAAUCUUUAGGAAUCAAAGGUCCCGUCCAAACCUGACGGCUCUGUCGUCAUUUGAUGAAACUAAGAGAACGUGUACUCCCACAACCCGACUCCCUCGACGAUCCCAGACCGAGCCUAUUGCUCAACCUCCUGGCCUUGGAGUGAGGGACACCAGGCACCAAGCGGAAUGGCAAUCGGCAGGUGUCCUCCCUGGCGAUAUAAAACCCAGUCCUGAGAACAGAAAGGAGGACGUUUCUACUCCAAAGCUCGAAGAACCUCCUUUGCUUUUAGAUUUGGGAGCAACUACCGGCCUUUCUCCAAGCAGGCCCAGCCGCAAGGGAACAGAGCCGCUGAAACUGGAAUCAUCUCCCGUGAUUUGGAGUAACCUUGCCUCUUCGAGGCUUCCCACCCACAAACGCAGAGGAUCAGCAAGCUCUAAUACCCGCUCUAAAUCACCAGCUAUACCUUCAGCGAUUGUAAAUGCAUCUACGGAGUCACUUCAGUCUAGGAGUUCAUCAAAAAUAUCUGCCUUUUCUCCAUCAGUCGGCUUAGCUGAUUCCAAUACCCGGCCACAGCUACGAUCUAUAACUCCCAAAGGAAAUCACCUCAGGAAAACAUCACUCUCAGGGAAAGAGCCAAAAGUGUCUAAUAAUACGACGGAGGUUAAGGAUCCAAAACAACAGCAACCCCCUACCACCGGUGGUCCAAGGCGACUUGGCUUUUUCCCAAAAAAAUCAAAGACGGUUCCAGAAAUUACUCAAUCUGCACUUAGUGAAAGCCGGUCACGCAGAGGACCUUCCGCAGGGACUGGGCACGAAGGUUAUGGCAAAUACGCUCAACGAGGAAGAAGAACCAGCGUCGGAAGCACCACAUCCAGAGCAAGAUCAAUCAGCGCUAGUAGAUCAGUUGGGAACAACAGUGUCAGUAGCAGCCAUAUGGGACACGAAAUUGAUGAUUUCCUUCUCGAUCGCUUGGAGCCAGUCAUCAUUAAUGGCGGUGGGCUGGAUGGCUCAGCUUUGACUCGUACACAGAGCGGACAGAGCGAGAACCAUCUAAGUGUUAUUUCCACUACUGAAUCGAAAGCUCCUCCAUCUACACUGGUUCAGAGUCCGGAGCCAAUAAGCUCCCCUCUGCAAUCCUCCCUUCUAGAUCCCGGGACAACUCUACAUCCGGAAGUGAAACAUCGUCGUUCAUUCCGGAAUUCGAAGCUAUUUGGGGGUCAGAAAACAACAAGUAACUAUCUGUCAGUGUCUCAACUUCGACCAUCGGCAUCCAGGCGGCCGUCUGAUGCCAGCAUCGAUAGCCGUGCUGAAUUGGGUUAUCAUGAUACCCCUAAUUCAUCCUCGCCGCCUGAUUCUAAGCCAAAUAAGGAACCGAAGAAGAAGAAGUCUGAGAAGUCAGGACGAUGGAACUUCUUCCAGCGCAGCAACCCGAACCUUCGUGAGAAAAAGGCAAAGGAUGAGCUGGAGCUAACUCCAGGGAUGCCCGCUGCUAUAACUCAGGCUCCAGUUUCUAGAGCCGUUGCUCAUUAUGCCAUCCUUGAUAAUGAACAGAUUGACUCUGAUUCUUUGGAGGAUAUACUAGCGCGGGUGGAAGAAUCACCACCAACUGAGGAAGAAAUCGAAGCGACGACUGGACUCGGAUUGAGGACGAAGCAUGGCCAUUCUGUCUUAUUGCCGGAGCCACCAGCAGGGCUACUUAACAGUGUCUCUGAGAGACGCCCAUCAUCGCCCAAAGUGUUUUUUAAUAAGGAAGUGUUGCCUACUAUCUCACCACCAAAGAGCGAUCGACCCAGCCGCUUGGCUUCCGUUGGUAGAAUACCUCCAGUCAUUCCGAGUGCCAGGAAUCAACAUAAACCGUCUCUUCAAUCAUUUUCACGCCCAUUUAGUGUUGGGCAGGGCCCUUCCCUGACAGUGACGGCCGCAGCUGUGGCAUCUAAUCAUCCACCUUUGGUUGAAGCCAUACCGAAUCGAUUUGCCUUGUACCCACCCUCGCAAGAGGAGUUCCUUACUUUUAGUCCAAGAAAGGGCUCUGAGGUUUCUGUAUCCUCUGAGAGUGCAGAUGGCAGAAGUCUGGCAGCCGUCACUGCUGUUCUCCCAUUUCCGGGGUCAAAACUGACAGACGACGAAAUAUGGCAAGAAUAUGACGAUUUUCUAGACAAAGUGACAUCGCCGCAAACCCCUGAGGAUGGCCUUCUGCAUACACCCCGAUCUUUCAACUUGGCUACUAGGGCCUCCAAAGCUUUACAGGAGGGGUUGAGUGGAAUGAAUGACACUUCUCCCCCAAUUUCGCCUUUACAGUGUCCGGAAAUCAUAACACCCCAAAUACCAGACCACAACUCGAUUCAUCUAAGCCGUUCUAUGAUUCUCUCCGCCCUACAUUCAUCCAUCACACCCUCGGAGCCAAUCUCUCUCGGUGAUCUCAUUUCAACGUAUGCUGGGAGCAAAAGUUCCUCCACUGACUUCACUGACGUCAAUAACCCUUAUGCUUCCCUGGGAGAGGAGCUGCAGAAUGACACCAAUGCAGCAAAGCAUGCUCCUAAAGAAAACUCUCCCCCAACAACAGAAAAGGACCAGAUUCAGGUAGAUCCUAUGGCUCAAGCAAAUGUCCGUUCGGGCUCAUUGAUGACAAGCCGCUGGCUUUCCUUCGGCCGUGUUCUAUUCAGCCCAGCCAAAAACCACAUGCAACCUCAAGAUCAAGCCCGCAUCCUGGUUAUUGAUGGGUUAGGCAACGAUGACUGGUCAUUUUACUGCGCCUUGACUUAUCCUUCCGCAGUGGUAUACAACCUUACUCCAAAUGUGCCUCCUCAGUCCACAUCCAGCAACCCAGCAGCAUGGGAUCCACCAUCAAAUCAUCGUACUAUCCAUCGAUCUGGUAUCAAAACUCCGUUCCCAUUUCCGAAGGGAUUUUUCACUGUUGCCGUCAUGCGCUUCCCGGCUGCUUGCUCUGAAGCGGCGUAUGAUACCGUUGUCUCCGAAUGUUAUCGUGUCCUACGCCCUGGCGGAUACCUAGAGCUCAGCGUCAUGGACCUGGAUAUGGUUAAUAUGGGAACUCACACUCGAAAAGCAGUUCGAAUGUUAAAAGAACGGAUAUACACGACCGAUUCUAGCAUAUGCCUAAAGCCGGCCAGCGACAACAUCCAGAGGCUGCUUGGAAAGCGUGGAUUCGCCAAUUUAAAUCGAUGCAUGGUUGUCGUCCCAGUUGCUGGUACCAUUGUGCAAUCAUCGGAUACAUCGAGCUCAAACCAAUCCGUUGCAAACUUGCCCCCACAAUAUAGCAGCUCUAAUAUCCCGCAACGGGCAGAUAGCUUGUCCAACAAAAAACAUACACGUGCCCCUUCUGACGAUGUGAAUAUGUCCCUCGGUGAUCUCCUAUCGGACCCUUCACCCUCGCCCUCAAACGACGAAUCGAUUGCUAAGAUGGUUGCAAAAGUCGCCCGAUGGUGGCACACACGGUGCUACGAACUAGCUGUUUUCAAUGACCAGAAUAAGGACAUCUGGACCGACAAGAUGCUUCUUCGAGAAUGCAGACGGCGAGGCACUGGGUUCAGACUCCUGAUUGCAUAUGCCCAGAAACCCAGUGAAGUCACCAGAAGAACUGCGAGCGUCUAA